UCUCUCUCUCUCUCUCUCUCUCUGCCCAGUGUAAUUCAGGUAUCUCACUUCUCCUCCCCAUCUUUCAGGUGUGGCAUUUAGGUAAAGCUUUUGACGUAUUGUUCUUCCAUUCCUUGCCGGGACAGCAGCCAGUGAGGUUGCCGGCUUUUGUGAAAGGGUAAGGUAGUCCACGACUUCUGCCGUUUCCUGACAGUUGCAGGAGAGAGAGAGAAAAUAAAGUGUUGAGGCCAGGAGAAAAAAGCUACGGGAUGGAGGCAGCAAGAGCAAAUGGGACCACAAGUAAGUCAGAAGACGUGAAGACCCCCGCCUCUCCACCAAAAGAGGCAGAAGAAGGGAAGAAACAGACUAGCCCAAACAAAGGGGAGAAAGAUGUCAACAAGAAUAAUACCAUCCCUGCGCUGGAGAUAGAACAGCUCAAAAAAUCGAUAUAUUCUGGGGGUGACUGGAAGAGGCCAAUCAUCCAGUUUGUUGAAUCCGAUGAGAAGAGGUCAACCUAUUUCAACAUGGAGUCCGGGGAGGGCAAGAAGCCAGCGUUCCCCUCCAUGCCUCUAGGUGAGCCUCGGAGGUCCCAGAUGUCCUUCCCAGAAAGAGGGGACCUGAGGAAGUCUAUAUACAACAUGGAAACAAAGAAAACCUUCAUCAGUGAUGGGGAUGUGAAGAAGUCACUGUAUUCCAGUGGGCAGAUUGGAGAUCUGAGGAAACCCACUGUGUCCCUUGGGGAAUCAGGAGACACCAAGAGAUCCAACUUCAACCGGGUGAGCAGAGGGUCCAGUUCAAGGCCCCGGGUCCUCGAAGAGGUCCUCUGCGACUCCUGCAUUGACAACAAGCAGAAGGCUGUGAAGUCCUGCCUUGUGUGCCAAGCCAGCUUUUGUGAGCUCCAUCUGAAGCCUCACUUUGAAGGGGCUGCCUUCCGGGAUCACCAGCUCCUUGACCCCAUCAAGGACUUUGAAGCCAGGAAAUGCCCUGUGCAUGGCAAGACGAUGGAGCUUUUCUGCCAGACAGACCAGGUCUGCAUCUGUUACCUCUGCAUGUUCCAGGAGCACAAGAACCACACCACGGUGACGGUAGAGAUUGAGAAAUCUGGCAAAGAGACCGAGCUCUCCCUGCAGAAAGAGCAGCUGCAGCUGAAGAUCAUUGAGCUGGAAGAUGAAGUGGACAAGUGGCAGAAAGAGAGGGACCGUAUCAAGAAUUUCACCACCAAUGAGAAAGCCACAGUGGAUCAGCAUUUUAAAGAGCUGAUCCGUGACCUGGAGAAGCAGCGGGACGAAGUGAAGGCCAGUUUGGAUCACAGGGAGAAGGUUGCCGUGGAGAACAUCAAGGAGAUUGUGGAAGAGCUGGAAGAAAGGGCCAAACUCUUGCAAGAAGACAAGGAGACCAGGGAGCAGAUAGGCCAGAUCAGUGACUCCGUGCUCUUCCUGCAGGAAUUUGGAGCAAUGAUGAGGAGCUACACCAUUCCACCAUCCCUGCCGACGUACAGCAUCCUGCUGGAGGGAGAGAACAUGAGCCCAUCUAUGGGGAUACUGAGAGAUGACCUCCUGAACGUUUGCAUGAGACAUGUUGAGAAGAUCUGCAAAGCAGACCUCAGCAGGAACUUCAUCGAGAGGAAUCACAUGGAGAACGGUGACCACCGUUUCAUGAUGAACAACUACUCUGACUGGAACCAGCCAGACAGCAUGAAGAGGUUCUCCAUGUUCCUGAAUCCAAAAGGAGGAAACUACAACACCAGAGCCUGGGAAUUUUCUGCCUUGCAGACUGCAGAGGAGUCUAUUACAGCAGGGAACUCUGCUUACUCUCUGAAAGUGGGCAAUGGGACCAAGAUGCCUUAUCAGUUCCCCCCAAUUGGCCAGAGUUCACCCGGAGAUUUCAGCAAGCAGUCCGACGGGAGCCUCUAUACCAAGAAUGCUUACCCUUCCAUUGUGAGGCACCAAGCCACUAAGGUGCAACCUCAGACAUGGAAGUCCUCCAAGCAGAGCAUGCUGUCCCACUACCGCCCCUUCUACGUCAACAAGGGCAAUGGAGUCACUUCCAAUGAAGCACCUUGAUCCUAGAAGAUUACAAGAGGAGUCUGUUGUGCUAGGAGACGAAGAACAUAUGAAAAUUUUCAUGGAUGUCUCUACUGCUGCUGCUGUAUUAACCAUGCUGUUUUAAUCUUUCUUUCUUUCUUUCUUUUGUAAUUGAUGGGAGGUGGAGAAUGGUGGUCUAGGAAGAAGAUGCAGUAGUGCAUGCCCUAUUCUAGGAGGGAAUGAAGACCGUCUCCCUAGCUGUAUUAAGGCACUGUCAUGUUAUUCUUGGUAACAGCUUUUCAGCCCCUGAGAAGAGAACCCCAAAUGCAAACCUAGCUCUAUAAUGCAUCCCUUUCCCCCUACCUAUCUGCUUAGCUCAUGCUAGGUGUCUAGUAGGGAAGAUGAGAUAUGAGCUGGGCAUCACUUUUCUUCCCACCAGAAGGUCUGUGCCACGUCACUGGAAUUCUCAGCGUAACCACUAUUGCUUUCAUCCAGCUUUCUGUUUGUUAGAACUGCACCCUUAUCCACUCCCAUCAGAGACCACGCCGUUGACUUUAAAUGGAGGCUCUUGCUGUGUAGACGCAACCCCAAAACCUGUUUGCUAAUAACAACAGCAAUAAAAGAAAAACCCACAAACUUCUAACAAUUCCUUGUUGCUACUUAACCGGGCAUUGGAAUUGAUAGCCAAAAGGAUCCGUGGUGGCCCAUUGAUACAUCCUCCUUCCCUCCAGCCAGCCAGCGUCUCAAAUUAUAGAAGAAAGUGGGAGAAAUCUAUCCUGCUAAUGGAAGAUUGAUUAGAUGUCUCAGCUAUUCCCUUCCCCUCACUCCUCUGAUGAUAUUGGCUGAUAUGCUCUGGUUCAGUUGUUUUGUUUUAUUAUCUAGAAGAAGAGUUA